GCCUAAUCACUCGACACAUCGCAGUGUCAAGAGAGAUUCUGUUUAAUGCAGAACACUGAAAAAUGUAGAUACAAGUAUAGUUACAAAGAAGACACUAUUAACCCCAUCCUAUUUCAUCGAAACCUUUCGUGUGUAUCGACAGUAUCCACGAUCGAUCAGCGAAAGUACAGGCUAUAAAAUAUAACGCUACGCCAACGUCGAAGAGAAACGUACCGGAUGUCGCAAGGAAAAGGAAUGACACAGUGAGAAGACCUAGAGACAACCAAUCUCAGGUAUGUGAUGUGUGGCAGAAUUCCGUGUGAGGAAAUCAGUAUUUUCGAACGGAAAUCGUGGAACGAAAGAAAGGGAGAAACGUACGGAAUAACAGAUCGACAUACGGGAUCGAACAAAGACUCGUCCCAACAAGUGUCCUUACACCUUGUGGAUUUAAAAGUUUUCUGUCCGACAUCAUCUUCGUCGCGAAGCGACGUUGACUGUGUUAUGGAAUGAAUCGAUGCCCAGACAGGGCAUUUAAGUGUCCACGAUCAUCAUCUUCAGUACGAGCAUCAUGACCCCGAUAAUGCGCCUGCUCCUCCUAUCCACUCUGCUGGCCAUACAAUCCUGCUCGACCGUCUGCUCAGCGAGCAGCGAUGGUAAACCUAAUGGCCCGAUCUUUAAUUUAGAUCACACUGUUCUGGAAAAGAACUUAGCGGCAAUCUUCAACAAGGUGGCACAUAGUUCCGCGACCACGAAGCGCAGCGUGCCGGCAUACGAUGCUCAGGUGUCGGCUAGCACAACGUUGUCAACGGUACCAUCGCCGUUAACCACCAGUACGAUCACCAGUACAACUACCGCUAGCCCAUCGAUACCCGCUAUUAAGUAUCCGGCGGCGCCACGGGCCACGGCAUCCCCCGUCUUUCGAGAUCUGCCGUCGUACGCGCCGCCUUCCAGGGCACUCUUUACACCACCCCUACCACCAGAGUACCUGCAUCCAUUCGCCGAUAAACCCACACUGCGAGGUACCAACUCGGACGUGCAUACCAACAACAGGAGACCGGUACCACCACCGAGCUUGACACCGGCGCACGAGCGGAUACCCAUCCGACCGCCGGAUCUACCUCAGAGUCCUUCUCAAGUACCAGAGAGGCAUCAUUCUCAUACGAGGAUCAAACCGGCAAAUGUGCCCGAUAGCAGAGAGCAGAGGCCGGCGGAAUCCAGUGAGGCCGAUCGAAAGAACGGCACGAACGAUCCUUCGUUCGUGACUCUUCAUUACCCCAGUAUUUCUAGGAUUUUAUCUGGCAGCAAUGGCAGGAAACAGGAUAUUCCUGAUAUACUAUUAAAGCCUUUAGCUACGAAAAGUCCAUUGCUGCCGAAUAUUCCUCUUGCCCCAACGACCGAUAAAACUACGUCGCCGCCAAGCACUGUGACGCCAAAAACGCAUGGCAGUACCGUGGAUCCUUCGAAGAUCGCUGUCACGCAGCCAACGAUCUUCAAUCUACCAAACACUGGUCGACAGGACGACGACGGCUAUCAUCACGGCCUGAGGAACGAACACGAUACUGAUAGUAUCGAAAUAGUGGAUACGGAGAGGCUACCGUAUCCGCAAGCGCAGCCACCGGCGCCAACGCCAAAGCGACCAACAAGUGUCGACGACGAUGGCGCUGAUGAUGACCGUUUGAUACCACGCGUCGACACACAUCCACUUGAGUCUACGUGGCGGAUCGCCUGGUCACUACACGUAUACGUCGCGGCGAUUAUGUUUACGCUCAUGGCCUUGUAUUCGAUCUACAAGAUCGUGCGUUUCAACGAGGCAACGAAUCUAUUCACACAAUCGUACUUCCUAGCUGUUCAUCUCCUGUUGACCACAAUCUGCACUCUGAGGUGCUUUCACCUCUUUUACGACGCUUACAAUCUCGGACAUUCGCUGCCGGAGUCAUUGUCUAGAAUUCUAAUGUACUUGCCGGCACCACUCUUGUCUGCGGCGUUUGCCACUCUGAUGUUGUUCCUUGCCCGAUGCUCGGAAGCACCAUCGCUUAACAACAACAUCCUCUCGCCUAUUACGCUUGUAUUUUCAUCCACGGUGCACAUUAUACUGUGCGUAUCCCUGCACGUGUCCGCGCACAUGCUCGGCUAUCAGGACGAGGCGAAAAUCCUACCGCUCAUCUGCCAGUGCAUUUACAUCAUCGUCUGCAUCACUCUAGGUUUAUGCUACAUGUACGUGUAUCGCGUGGUGCGUUCGCAGAUUCAUAUGGCCAGCAAUAAGGCAGCUGGCGCAAAUCAUAUGAUGGGCGCCGAUCCUACUACGAUGGCUCUCAGCACUGCCAUCACCACCACUAUUGCCACCGCUUUGUUGUUCAUCCUCAUGGGCCUCGUGCAGCUCUAUGGCGUAUUCGGUGUUCAGGAACGUCCGCAACAAUUUCCAUGGCUCUGGUGGGGCUGGCAGUUCUCCGUCAGAUUACUAGAGCUAUCCGUUUGUGGUCUCCUAGCCUGGGUUGCCAGCCUAUCUCAAUAUCCGUUGCGCGAAAAACAGAUGCAGCAACACUCGGCACACUCGGGCUUCGCUCUGUUUCCAUGCGGCAGUUCCACUUCUACGGAAAACAUGGAUGACGUACUCUACCCCGCCAUAUGUAGUACCAACCAAGCGAUUCAAAAUUAUACCAUGAGAACAGGAAAACAAGUCUACGAUGAUAGUUUUCCACUGAAUACUUUGCCCGAGCAUUUGAACAUAUCAGGUACCUUUGAGAGACAUUCCAUCCGCAAAUCAGGUACAAUGGGCCACUUUCCUCACGAAGGUCGAGGUUCCUUAAGUCGUCAUGGAAACGGUAUACAAACUCUAAGGAACUCAGAGACUCGCGGGAGGCAUACGCCUGUACAAGGUCUACACGAACAAGCUCCAACCAGCGGCUCGACGAUGCUAGUCGCCGAGGACGGCUUCGUUAGGUUUCGGAGUCUUGGUGCGGAGGAAGAUGAGCUGUCCGAUACGCAGAGCAUGGUCGGCACUCACGGCAGGGGAAGUUCGCUCGCUGGUAGUGUUAGAUAUAACGCGAGGCAUCCCACAGUACAGCAUCAGCACCCCCAUCAGCACCAGCAUACGCUGCAACACUCGCAUCCGAAUCAACAUCAAACUCACCACCAACUUUACAACAACACAUAAAGGCUGUGCCAAUGCGAUGACUAGAACGUGAUUCUUGUUGACUCGACGUAACGAUCGUCGUCGAAACAUAGGAUAUAUCGACAUUCGCGAGAAUCGUCGCCCUCGCAAACUUCGGUCUAAACUAAUUUUAUCUCGUACUCUAUGUAAGAUAUGUCCUGUGUAUAGACAACCUAAUUGCCAUUCCUGCUCUCCCGCUUUGCAUCGACGUCCGAGCCAAGCCU